AAUCCUAAAGGUGCCCUAUAUGUGGCUUUCACUUACUUAGCUGGACUCACUGGAGUUGUUAUUACAUUGUGCCUCAUACUGAUCAUAACCUCCUCUACCAAAACAAUCCGGAGGUCUUACUUCGAAGUUUUUUGGUUCACUCAUCACCUCUUUGUUAUCUUCUUCAUUGGUCUCGCCAUCCAUGGAGCUGGGAGGAUUGUACGUGGACAGACAGAUGCGAGUAUGGAUGUUCACAAUUCAACAGUAUGCUGGAAAGACAUCUACUCUUGGGGAUCCAAAAAAAGCUGUCCUAUCCCUCAAUUUGCUGGCAACCCUCCUAUGACUUGGAAGUGGAUUGUGGGUCCCAUGUUCCUGUAUCUCUGUGAGAGGUUGGUGAGGUUUUGGAGAUCACAGCAGAAGGUUGUCAUCACUAAGGUGGUCACUCACCCUUUCAAAACCAUUGAAUUACAAAUGAAGAAGAAGGGUUUUAAGAUGGAAGUGGGACAAUAUAUUUUUGUCAAAUGCCCCAAGUUGUCAAAUUUAGAAUGGCACCCUUUCACACUGACUUCAGCCCCUGAGGAAGACUUCUUCAGUAUUCACAUCCGUAUAGUUGGGGACUGGACAGAAGGUCUUUUUAAAGCUUGUGGAUGUGACAAAACAGAAUUUCAGGAAGCCUGGAAAUUGCCCAAGGUGGCAGUAGAUGGGCCCUUUGGCACUGCUAGUGAGGAUGUAUUCAGCUAUGAAGUGGUUAUGCUGGUGGGAGCUGGCAUUGGAGUCACACCAUUUGCAUCCGUUCUGAAGUCUGUCUGGUACAAGUACUGCAAUGACUCAACCAGACUAAAACUCAAAAAGAUUUAUUUUUACUGGCUAUGUCGAGACACACAUGCCUUUGAAUGGUUUGCAGACCUGCUGCAGUCACUAGAGACCCAAAUGCAGACGAAGGACAACGCUGAUUUUCUCAGCUACAACAUCUACCUUACUGGCUGGGAUGAAUCUCAGGCCACUCACUUUACUGUGCACCAUGAUGAAGAGAAGGAUGUGAUAACAGGCUUGAAACAAAAGACCUUGUAUGGAAGACCCAACUGGGAAAAUGAGUUCAAAACCAUUGCAAGUCAACACCCAAAUACCAGGAUAGGUGUGUUCCUCUGUGGACCUGAAGCAUUGGCUGACACUCUCAACCAGCAAAGUAUUGCCAACUCUGAUGCUGGCCCUAGAGGAGUGCAUUUCAUUUUCAACAAAGAAAACUUCUAACUCCUGCUCCAUCAGGAAAUGUGGGCAUGAGCCUUAUGUCCGGUCAGACAAAUGCUGAUCAUUAAUAGAAACAAACAAAAACUAGGGAAGCCUUUUACAGCUUUUAUAUUCUACCUAUGUGGUAACCAUUUCUGAAGUAGCAUCCACCUUUAAACAACACAGAAGAAAACUAGUUGAUUCAUUUUCCUUUUGUUAUUAUGCAUUAUCUUGGUGGCUCCAACAUAUGCACAGGAAAACUGUCCAAGGAUUUAGGAACCAGCUUGCCCAGAUAUUGACUCAUCCCUUCGAUGAUUCAAGGAGGUUAGCAAUGGAGCCUGCUCCAGACUGCUAAUAGAGCAUCCCAAUUCCAUAAACCUGAAACAUUCGAGAAAAGGUUUAGUUCAGGCCUAUCAGAAUUAGGAAAAAAUCAUUUAAACAGAAAGCUCUUCAAAAAUAUUCCUAUAAUAUUCUCUAAAAGGCAGCUAGCUGGCACUGUGGAUAGAGCUCUGGGCCUUGAGUCAGGAAGACCUGAGUUCAAAACCAGCCUCAAGCA